AUGGGUUUUUCAUUUCCGCCGCAUCAUCAUCAACGAUCGACCAUCAUCAUCAUCAUCAUCUCAGCCUUGAUCUCGUUCUUCUUCCUCGUCUCAUCAUCUGCCGCCGACCAGCCGUCAGCGUACGAGGUUCUUAAGAGCUACAAUUUCCCCAUCGGGAUCUUACCAAAAGGCGUAACAGGGUACGAAUUGGAGGAAUCGACGGGAAAGUUUGCAGUUUAUUUGAACGGUAGUUGCGGAUUCGCCAUUGAGAAUUCGUACAAACUGGAAUACAAAUCGACAAUCAAGGGUUUCUUACAGAAAGGAAAACUAUCGAAAUUAGAAGGGGUUAAGGUAAAGUUGCUUUUCGUAUGGGUUGAUAUUAUUGAUAUUGAACGGAGCGACGACUCUCUUGUAUUCUCGGUUGGGAUUGCUUGGGCAGGGUUUACUGUUGAUAAUUUUGAGGAAUCUCCUCAAUGUGGAUGUGGGUUCAAUUGCAAUAGUAGUUUAGAAUUAUUAGGUCAAAACCUAAGUGUUGGUCAUUCUUCUUCUUAG